CGCGUCACUCGCGUCACCCUCGCAGCUCGACCUGACCCGCUCUCCUCGCUGACCUCGACCGCCAUGUCGCGCGUCCGGGCCUCCUCGGCGCCGGCGCCCAAAGGGCUGAAGCGCCCGGUGAAAGUCUGCGUCCGGGUGCGGCCAGUUUUAGAGCGGGAGGUGGAGAAUGGCUGCUACCAUGGUUGCAUCGCCAUGGCCCAUGAGCGUGUCUACAUUAGCACAGAGGAUAAGCCUGUUCUCAUCGGCAGCAAGGAUGACCCGCCGCCUGAAGGCGUCAAGGUGUAUCCUGGCUUCGAUGGGCUGCUGGACCAAGACUCCAGUCAGGAGGAUUGCUUCCAAGUCGCGGGCCGCGAGACCGUGGAUGGUGUCCUUUGGGGUCUCAAUGGUGCCCUCAUGGCCUAUGGCCAGACCAGCACUGGGAAGACCCACACCAUGGUGGGAGACAAGAGCCGGCCCGGGCUAUGUCUCAAGGCUGCGGCUCAUCUCUUCUCCGAGGCAGGGCUUCUUGGAUCUCAGAUUGAGGUCACGGCCUCCUUUCUACAGUUGUAUUUGAAUCACAUCACCGACUUACUGGUCAAAGAUGGCCACGAAAAGAAGUUGAAGCUUCGAGAAGUGGUCGAAGAGGACUUUGUGGACACUCGUGUGGAAGGCCUAAGCUCUCGCCCGGUGAAGAGUAUGGACGACGUGGAAGCCUUGUUGGAAGAAGGAAAUCGACGACGGCAGCAGGCGUGUACGGCCUUGAACGCUAGCUCCAGCCGAUCGCAUGCCGUGCUGAUCCUCAACGUAACUCUGUGGCAAGGGACUGAGGAGGAGAACGCCACCGACGCCAAACUGUACUUGGUCGACUUGGCUGGAUCUGAACGGGUGAAGGAUUCCUGCGCCACAGGCGAUCGCCUGACCGAAGCGGUUCACAUUAACAAGUCUCUCUUUGCCCUGCAGGGCGUGGUGGCCGCACUCGCAGACGGCAAUCCCUUUGUGCCGUACCGCAACGACCCCCUGACGCAGCUCUUGCGUCCUGCAUUGGGCGGCAACUGCUGCACCACGCUGGUCGCUACGGUGUCACCGGCACAGAAGCACUCGAGAGAGUCGGAGGGCACCUUGAACUUUGCCUCCAGCUGCCGGAGGAUCAAGGGCGAGGUCUUUGUGAACUCGGUGCGAAAGCCACGGCCAUGGGAGGAGAAGCCCAAGGAGGAGCCCACGAAGACCGAAGAGCCGGAAUGUCCUUGGGCCUCCUUAGCCGCACUGGACGCUGCGUCAGUGAUGGAAUCGCAGAUGCUGGACACGGCUCAUGGGCAGAUCCAUGUCCUCACCUGUGGACCAGCGGAUGGUGAGGCCGUCCUGUUGCUUCAUGGCUGCCCAUCGGAUGCAUGGACCUGGAAGUGGCUUUUUCCGCCCUUGCUCUACAGCAAGUACCGUGCCAUUGCCAUUGACAUGCCGGGCUUUGGCAGUUCGCCGGGGACGCGCUUGGGGAGUCGAUCGGAGCUGAACAACGCCAAGGGCGGACCACUGGACAUCUGCUGUGCCGUGCUGGACGCCCUGGGGGUCCAAAAGGCCAACGUGGUGGGAUAUGAUUGGGGUGCUGGUAUCGCACUGUCCAUGGCCUUACUGCGGAAGACCCGUGUCAACAAGAUCGUGCCCUUCCAUCCAUCCUACUCCCCACCCAAAGGCGAGAACCUCGGAGUCAUGCCGGUGCCGGUGCUGGUGCUCUGGGUGAAGGAAGAUCAGUUCCACAAUCUGACCAAGUGGCGGAAGCAUUUUCAGGCCUUGCCCAGUUCAAAGAGAGAGCUCGAAGUCUACUCCUUGGGCUCUCGCUGGAAGCCCGGCAUGUCCCUGGGCAGUGACCCUCAGCUGGGUCCGCAGCUGCAGCGCCGCAUCCUGGCGUUCCUCGCCGGCGAGGUGGCCGCGCCGGUGGCCGGCGCGCUGGAGAAGCGCUUGGAGGCCAAGGCGGCCACCGCCGCGGGGCAGCUGGUAGUGCAUGCGCAGAAUGUGGUGGUGGCCGACGCCUUGGCGGACGCAGGCGAUGUGGCGAAGCAGCUGAGGGAGGUCGCGGACCCCACCUUAGCAGCAGUGCAACAAUUCAAAGAGCUCUGGAGCGCGGGGCGCCUGGCAGCGCUCUACGCGCAGCGCCUCACGGGCUCCUCGGCGUCCUCGGCGGCGCUCUUCGGCGCGCUGCCGGAGAUGAGCCCCGAGGCCUUGAGCGAUCCAAACAUCUUGGUGAACUUGGGCCUUUGGUCGCAAGCGCCCGAAGGCUGGGAGCGCAUGCGGCACACGCCUCGGUACUGCGUGGGGCGCAAGGUGCUGGUGCGGCAGAAGGUGAUCUUCAAGCCUUCGGAUUCCGACUUCAUGUGCGUGUCAUCCUCCGGGGCAGACCGUACGACCUCCAAAGCGGAACUGAAGGGGAAGUCCAAGGAGAAUGCUGAUACGUGGUUGGUGGAGGUCACUGAGGCAGGUGGCAGCCGCCGAAUGGCGGAGGUGCCCAAGGCCGAGGUGCUGCGGCUCAACCAACGGCAUGACUUGGCAAAGAACGGGAAGCAUGUGCUACUGGAGGAUGGCUUGAAGUGUGACUAUUCCUCUCCACUCUGUCGCGCCAAGCUUUGCGAAAUCGCGCUGGCACUGAGCCCGGUGGUGAAAAACCUGGACUUCAACACCGCCGAUGGCGGGGAGGCGGUGCAACUGAAGGCCUUGGAGGUCAUUCGAAAGUGUUUGGACAUCAUCACCUUCCAGAAGGGCCUCGAUCGCGGCCGGAGCUGUGCCACGUGCGAUGACGUGGCCAAGAUGGCUUGUCAUGGCCAAGGCCAUUGCCACACGGUCUCCUCCACGAUGGCGGCCUUUCUGUUUCCCUUCGCCCAGGUGCUGGGCUUGGACGUGAAGUACCGCGGGGGCUACUCCUGGGGCGGAGUGAACAUGGGCGAACCCGCAGACGAGACGGUCGAGGUGGCCGACAGCCCUGAACGACAUCAAUGGCUGGAAGUGACGUUACGCCCUUCGCUGCAGAGCUAUGUGUGUGAUCUUUGGGUGGCCGAUGCAGUGGGGAACGAUGCCCUUAAAUGGCCCAUCAGUGAGGCCUAUCAGAACCGGCUGUACCCCAACGGCAGCUUCAAUAUCGGACAGCAAAGCUGUCCCGAGGAAGCUACUGAUCUUGACUUGCCAGAGCUGUAAACAGUUGUGAUAUGAUGUGAUCCGUUUGAGGAUCCUCUUUGGUGAGAAGUCAGGCGGGUCGCUCGCUUGCGUGUGAUGGUCGCACACGCUUGUUAUGGUGACUACUGACCCUGUGCGAGCACCUGUAAAAUAUAUGUUCCCUCUACACAUGGUUGGACUAGGAGUCUUGAGAAAGGUCGAGAAUCAAGCUGCUUGACACCGCACUAGCAAUUAGGUGGCUUGGGAAUGCGUGUUUUUCGUUUCAAGGGCAUUUUGCAUUGCCUUCCUGAUUGGAUACAAUUGUUUUUUUGUUACCAUCCCAAGCGUGUGGGGCAUUUGGAUGACCUAACACAGA